AUGGAUCGUCAGCUGACAGAACAAGAAAUACGCACUAUGUUUGACCACAUGGAUAAGAAUCACAACGGAUACGUGACUGCUAAAGAACUAAGAUAUUAUUUAAAAGUACACGAUGCGAGAGUCACAAAUAAAGAAGUCAAAGACUUCAUUCGUAAGAUUGACGAAAGUGGAGAUGGUCAAUUAAGUUUGCAUGAAUUUAUGAAAGCAUUUUCACCACAAAGAAGAUCCUGCACUACAGACUUCAGGACAAUACGAAGAUGAAUAUUUGGUUGUCGUCUAAUUUCAAAUAUUUAAUCAACAAUUUUAUAGAUUUACUAAAAUUAUUAAAUGAAAAUGCC